AUGAAAUUUACAGCAGUGCUGGCGUCUGGGCUUGCCGCAGUGGCAUUUGCUCUGGACCUCAGCGAGUUUGACGAAGCUAUUCGCAAUGAUCCGCGGAACCAUCUAGCUUUUUACAAGCGUGCCACUGCCAAUUUAGCCGCAGGCCGCGACCCGCAAGCGCUCGGUGACCUCUCUGCAGCCCUGGACAUCGAUCCAGAGUUCACUGCCGCUAGAUAUUACCGGGCAAAAUUGUAUUUGCGGAUGGGCAAUUGGGACAAGUGUCUCAUAGAUUCUGAGGUGUGCUCGGAUAAACGGGUAGACUCUUUAGUAUCGGAUGCCACACUGGCCAGUCAACUGUUCCAGUCUGCUGAGCAAGAUGAUCAGAAUGGAGAGUACCUUGACUGCAUUUCCUCGACGACCCAGGCCCUCAAAAUCUCGCCACGAGCUGUGUUUGUCCGGAGGCUUCGUUACAAGUGCGCAAUGUCUGCAGGCGAGGUGCCCCAAGCGUUUGCCGAUCUGCAAGAAAUUGUGUCGCAAGAGAGCGGCGACGCUGAUGCUACGGCCAAAUUAGCCGAAAUUAUGUUUUUAUUCGAUAAUGAGCGGGAAAAGGCGUUGAAGCUGUUGAGGCGUUGCUUGAACUACGACCCCGACGCUAAACAAUGUGCUACUGCAUCGAAGCUUCUACGAAAAUUGGAAAAGUCCGUAACGGGCGACCCGCUCAAGGUGAAGUACAAGGACGUUGAGGCGCAGGUAUUUAGUGCAUGCGACAAUUUGGGUGUUCCUCGAUCGUAUGGUGAAACAAGCAUGCUUUUAGACGAAUUAAGGCACCGGCGGUGCGAGGCAUACAGCGCCAAAGAGGAAUGGGAUCGGGGUGCUCAAGUGUGUGCUCGCGUGAGAGAUACAGAUCCAGACUUUUUACCAGCUGUGCUUUUACAAGCUCAAUUGGAGCGGCAGUCGGGAAAUUUGCAUGGUGCAUUGAGGCUUCUGGAUCCGUUGAUCCAUCACGGCAAAGCCGACGACCGGGUGAUUCAGCUGUACCAAGAGAUCCAGGCUGAAAUGCAGAGACCACGAGGUCAGACACCUACUAAGGACUUGUACAAGGUCCUUGGAGUGGAUGAAAAGGCCGACAAGCAGGAGAUCAAGAAGGCGUACCGUGCAUUAUCCAAGCAGUAUCACCCGGACAAAUACCGAGGCGACGAGCUGUCGGCCGACGAGGUUAUGGCUAAAAUGCAAGAAAUUAACGAGGCAUACGAAGUUUUAUCGAACGAAGACACGAGAAAAGAUUACGACAUUGGUCGUCGCGGUACCGGCGGCGCCAGCGGCGGCGGCGCUGGCUUCCCACCAGGGUUUGGAGGCGGAUCUGGAGGCGCAGGCGGAAUGGGCAUUGACAUUGAGCAGCUGCUUCGACAGUUUGCGGCUCAGCAGGGAGCCCACGGUGGGGACAGGCAGGGCCGCCAGCGUGCUGGCGGGGCCAAAGCUCAGUUCAAGUUCGGGUUUUGA